AUGAAUUCUCAGGCGGUAACAAACAAAGGUAGUGAGCCCCAAGCUCAGCCAGCCCAGGUGGAACCGAAGGCAGAAUCCAAGACGGAUCUUGCAUCUCAGGAAGACGCAGCCAAGCCUGAUGAAAAGACCUCGACACCAGCCAAGGCGGAUCCUACACCCAAGACAGAGACAGCCACACCUGAACAAAAGGCCCCAGCAAAUCCCAAGAAAAAGGAGACGGAUAGAUGUCCUCGUUGUGGAGCCACUGGAUUCCUUGGUGAAUGUCAAUUGUGCAGUUUAGGAAUAAUGUUUUGA